UUUGGUAACCCACUGGAUCCAAACCCAGAACGCAAGUGCAGAGAGUGUUAUUGUCACCCUGUGGGUUCUCAGCAAGGUUCAUGCCAGGCUGAUGGCUCAUGCCUGUGCAAACCAGGAUUUAGUGGUGAAAACUGUGAUCAACCGGAGUGCCCCAGCUGCUAUGACCAAGUCAUUGAGAUGAUGGCUUCAUACAAGGGACAACUGCAGCAGUUGACUGGUUCCAUUAAUGGUCAAAUGCACACCCAGGACCAUCGUCACCUGGAGGAACAGAUGAGAAAAGUGGAGGAGAGAUCUCGGAAUAUGUUAAGGGAGGCCGAAUCUGCUCAUGCUACAGAACAAUCUCUGCAAAGACAGAUGUCGACACUUCGGGGGUUACAGACUGAUACCCAGAAUGACUUGGUACAUGCGCAGGCAAAGAUCCAGCAAGUACAGGCCCAGACCGGAGAGUACCAGAGCCGCCUGCAAGAGACCAAGAUGAAGAUAGCAGAGGCUCGGCAGCAGCUUGAGGGGGGCCAGGUGGAAUUGAACCGAAUGACUUUUCCUUCCGAGAAUGUGAGCUGGAAUUCAAGCAGAUUUUCAACACUUGGUCAAGAAGCCCAGAAAAUAGCUGCUAGACUCGAGCAGGAGGCCCAGAUGGUGGUACAGAUCUCAGGAGACGCCCUGGCAGAUACACAAAGAACAAUGCAGAUUCUACGGUCAGGAGAUGCAGACCCCGAUGCUGCAGAGAAACUGAGAACAAGGUAUAAGGUUCUAUAA